AUGGGCGAACAGCUGUCCAAGAUCUCCAGAAAAAGGCCGACGCCCAAGCGAAGGACAUUCAAGAGCCUCGAGAACACACAGAAAGACCUCAAAGAGGCCCAAAAAUCCCUCAUAAAAUAUGAGCGGAUGUUCGAUGCACAUACAAUUGAGGUGCGGUCAAUCGUGCUCGACAAAUGGGCUGGGAAGCCUAUCAGCAAUACCAGAAGGUCUCAGCAGAACGCUGCUGCUCACGGUGGUAGUAUCCUUGCCGACUAUGAUGUGGUCCUCCGGGAGGUUGACCAGUAG